AGUUGAGAGCGAAGCGAGCGCUGAGUCGGACUGUCGGGUCUGAGCUGUCGCAUCCCAGAGUCCUCUCAUUGCCACCACCCCGGCCCGAGCUCACCCUCGCUUCUGAAGCUCUCCGCGCGCCCGACAGCUCAGCCCUCGCCCGUGACCAACAUCAUGUGCGGUAUAUUUGCUUAUUUAAAUUACCAUGUUCCUCGAACAAGACGAGAAAUCUUGGAGACACUAAUCAAAGGCCUUCAGAGACUGGAAUACAGAGGAUAUGAUUCUGCUGGUGUGGGACUUGACGGAGGCAAUGACAAAGACUGGGAAGCCAACGCCUGCAAAAUCCAGCUCAUUAAGAAGAAAGGAAAAGUUAAGGCACUGGAUGAAGAAGUUCACAAACAACAAGAUAUGGACUUGGAUAUAGAAUUUGAUGUGCAUCUUGGAAUAGCUCAUACCCGUUGGGCGACACAUGGAGAACCCAAUCCUGUCAAUAGUCACCCCCAGCGCUCUGAUAAAAAUAAUGAAUUCAUUGUUAUUCAUAAUGGAAUCAUCACCAACUACAAAGACUUGAAAAAGUUUCUGGAAAGCAAAGGCUAUGACUUUGAAUCUGAAACAGACACAGAAACCAUUGCCAAGCUCGUCAAGUACAUGUAUGACAACUGGGAGAGCCAGGACGUCAGUUUUACCACCUUGGUGGAGAGAGUUAUCCAACAAUUGGAAGGCGCCUUUGCUCUUGUGUUUAAAAGUGUCCAUUUUCCCGGGCAAGCAGUUGGCACAAGGCGAGGUAGCCCUCUCUUGAUUGGUGUGCGGAGUGAACAUAAGCUUUCUACAGAUCACAUUCCGAUUCUGUACAGAACAGGCAAAGACAAGAAAGGAAGCUGCGGUCUUUCCCGUGUGGACAGCACGACAUGCCUGUUCCCUGUUGAGGAAAAGGCAGUUGAAUAUUACUUUGCUUCUGAUGCAAGUGCCGUGAUAGAGCACACCAAUCGUGUCAUCUUUCUGGAAGAUGAUGAUGUUGCAGCAGUGGUGGAUGGCCGUCUCUCUAUCCACCGAAUUAAACGAACUGCAGGAGACCAUCCUGGCCGAGCUGUGCAAACUCUCCAGAUGGAGCUCCAGCAGAUCAUGAAGGGCAACUUUAGUUCAUUUAUGCAGAAGGAAAUUUUUGAGCAGCCAGAAUCUGUUGUGAACACAAUGAGAGGAAGAGUCAAUUUUGAUGACUACACUGUGAAUUUGGGAGGUUUGAAAGAUCACAUUAAGGAGAUCCAGCGGUGUCGGCGGUUGAUUCUUAUUGCUUGUGGCACAAGUUACCACGCUGGUGUGGCAACCCGUCAGGUCCUGGAGGAGCUGACCGAGCUGCCCGUGAUGGUGGAGCUUGCCAGUGACUUCUUGGAUAGAAACACUCCAGUCUUUCGAGAUGAUGUUUGCUUUUUCAUUAGUCAAUCAGGCGAGACAGCUGACACCCUGAUGGGACUUCGUUACUGUAAGGAGAGAGGAGCCUUAACUGUGGGGAUCACAAAUACAGUCGGCAGUUCUAUAUCAAGGGAGACAGAUUGCGGGGUUCAUAUUAAUGCUGGUCCUGAGAUUGGCGUGGCCAGUACAAAGGCAUACACCAGCCAGUUUGUGUCCCUCGUGAUGUUUGCUCUCAUGAUGUGUGAUGACAGGAUCUCCAUGCAAGAGAGACGCAAAGAGAUCAUGCUCGGACUGAAGCGACUGCCGGACUUGAUUAAGGAAGUGCUGAGCAUGGAUGAUGAAAUCCAGAAGCUGGCGACGGAGCUUUACCACCAGAAGUCGGUCCUGAUAAUGGGGCGGGGCUACCAUUAUGCUACAUGCCUUGAAGGGGCUCUGAAAAUCAAGGAGAUUACUUAUAUGCAUUCGGAAGGCAUCCUUGCUGGUGAGCUCAAGCACGGCCCUCUGGCCUUGGUGGACAAGUUGAUGCCUGUCAUCAUGAUCAUCAUGCGAGACCACACUUAUGCCAAGUGCCAGAACGCUCUUCAGCAGGUGGUUGCACGGCAGGGGCGUCCAGUCGUGAUCUGUGAUAAGGAGGAUACUGAGACCAUUAAGAAUACAAAAAGGACAAUCAAGGUGCCCCACUCAGUGGACUGCUUGCAGGGCAUUCUCAGUGUGAUUCCCCUGCAGCUGCUGGCUUUCCACCUGGCUGUGCUGAGAGGCUACGAUGUUGAUUUUCCACGGAAUCUUGCCAAAUCUGUAACAGUAGAGUAACAGACACCUGAAACUUAAGACAGUUAAGCAACACGAGAUACCUUUUGUAUUUAAAUUUUUGAUUUAAACUAUUGCCUCCUGAAAGCCUUUUUUUAGUAAAUCUUAUUUAUAUAUCAGUUAUAAUUAUUCCACUCAACUAAUGAUUUUUGUGCAAUUGUCUCAUUUUCAAUAAUACAUGGGGGAAUUUGAUUCAUAGAAUUUAAGUCUAAACCUAAAAUCAGAGAGAUCUCAGCUGUAUUUUGUUCAGAGAACUGGAUAAUGGAUUUCUGGGCCCUCCAUUUCAUAGAGGAGGCUUGGUGAGUGUCAAGGCGCUUGGUGUUUGCUUCAGCAUAACGUGAUUCGGUCAGUCAGACUGAGGGAAGACCAGUGCAUUGAAUUGGAUACUCCAAGUCAGUGUGUGCCAGUGCCUGGACAGCCACCAAAGGCUUUGCUGCGCUACUUAUAAAUAGAAGAUGCUGCAGUUUAUGUUGAAGCUUAUUUCUGUUUUGUUUUUAAAUCAAACUGUACACCAAAAAACUUGGUGAGAUUUUUAUCUUAGUUUAGUUAAAUUAGUUCAAACAUGUCUGUCAUCUCUGUAGACAGUGCGUUUGGGUCCUCCACACCUGCAGAGAAGACCUUGUGGAGUUUGGAAAACUUGUGCUGUUAGACAUUGAUAUGUGGCUGGACAUUUGAAGAUAGGACACAGGGAUCCACUCCUUAUUUCUUCAUCUCUUAAGAGUAGUUGGCAUUUUCUCGCAACUGUAGAGCUUAACUGAAAAGCAAGUACUGUUUGUUGAGUGACGUACUUUGUAGCUGCCUUUGGCAUCAUAGCACAGAGUUGCUGUCAAGCCUCAAAUUGGUGUCAGGGUGCUCAAUUCUCUCUUCAGCUUUGUCCCAAGAAGAGUUUCCUGCAGUUACCUUUACUUCCUCCCCUGCCUUGUUGCAGAAAGCAUCCCUUGGUGCCAGUGUAGAAGUUCUGCUUGGGGGGUGGCAGGCCUUGCUGCUCAUUUGACCCUCAGUGUAUGUGGCAGGCUCAGCUGAGAACGGCACAUACUUGGCACUGUGGAGUGACGUCAGUUUCAGGGUUGUUUUCUCGAUGUUUUCCUUGGGACUGUUUUGACUCCUGUUGAGGAGUGAAUGCAGUAUAAAUACGUGAGACUGUCAUGCCUUCAGCUGAUUGUGUCAGAAAUGCAGGUCAGCAAGUUGGAUAAAAUAUUUAAAAUAGAACAUUAGUUUGACACCCCAAAAAUGUGCAGAGUAAUUUCUUCACAGAGCUAUUUGGGUCAGAUUGUGUGGGCAGUGGGCAGGUGUGUGUGUUCAAGUUAGGUCCAUUGUUUUCAAAAGCUUUCACCUGUACACGGUGAAAGCGCAGUGCUUCACGGAGUCAUGCUUUGUGUUUGAACUUAGUGGUAAGCAGUUAACACUUGUGAAGGUGAGUUGAAGAAAAAGUUGAUGUCACUUUAGGCAUUUCAGAAGGCUUCAUUCACACUGAUGGAGGCUGGAAACCUGAUUUUGAUAACCCAAGACAGGGCCACAGUUUGUACUCCAUGUCACUGCUUUGGGUACGUUUCUCUGUUGUAUUUGUCCCUAAGACUUCAUGUUAGUGGAGCAUGUGUGUAAGGUCAUUUCUUAGGCCUGAUGUGGUAGCACAGCUGCUCGUGUUUGGGUGUGGCUUUUGUUUGGUGUGUGGCUCUGGAGCACAGGGUGAUGUUGGUGUGUUGAGACACUGAAACUGGGAGACGAUCAGCUCAGUGCUGUCUGGUCACUCACUGUCAGCUCAGUCACUACCCCGGGGUCCUGUUGGAGCAGUUUUGGAUUAUACAGCUCAGUCUUGCUAACCACCCUCCGUGCAGCGGAACGUCACAACUCUUUUUGUCUUCUGUCUAUGAUAUUGAACCCAUUUACCAGUUUCUCAUCCAUACACACUCCAAGCUAGAAUAAAUACUAAACCAGUCAGAAACCCAGAUGAGGACCAGGGUAGUACUGUCUAAACAAAUAUUAUUGUUUUCCAUAUCCCAUUUUGCUUUCUACCUAAAUUCUUUUAUUAGUUCUUAAUACCCAGAUAUUUUAGCAAGGCAAGGCACUAGGUGAGUAGGUCCCACUAAUUUGGUAUAAUACAGGACAUAGAAAUCUAAUUUUUCAAAACAAAAAUACCCUGUAAAAGGGAGGCUUUCUAUUAAAAUUCUCCCCCCCCCCUACCCCCAGCUCCCUGUUUUUCAAGACAGGGUUUCUCUGUGCAGUCCUGGCUGAACUGGAACUCACUCUGUAGAUUAGGCUGGCCUCGAACUCACAGAGAUCUCCCUACCUCUGCCUCCAGAGUGCUGUCAUUAAAUUCUAAUCUAUCUAUCUAUCUUUCUUUCUUUCUAAAAAGUAAUUAUUUUAUUUGUUUACAUUUCAAAUGUCCUCCUUCCUGGUUUCCCCUCCAUGAACCUCCCACCCCAUCCCCCUCCUUUUUGCCUCUAAGAGGGUGCUCCCCACCCCCUCCGCACCCCCUAGCAUCUCCCUUCUCUGGGGCAUCAGGCCGCCACAGGACCGAGCACAUUUAUAGUGUGUUUAAGUUCACACACACAUCUUUACCUGGGAGUCCUUGCUAGGCAGGGAGGACUGAGGCACCUGACACAUGGCCCACUUGAUGGUUACUACUUUCUAAAAAAGAGAAUCUAUGCCGUAAGAUAGAAAGGUUAGAAGGUGAGCCACUCACUCUUAGCCUGUGACUGGCUCGGCGGCUGUGUAUGAGCGGCUGCCAUGCUGGGCAGCAGAGCUAGACCCUCAGAGCAAUUGUGACUGUCCCUGGUGGACCUGGUCCUUGUGAGGCUCAGGAGGGAGGGUGGAAAGGUGGAGCUGUGCUGAGGUAUUAAAUGCUGGGCCUGGGUUCGUUUGACAUGUUCAUAAGCAGCUGCCCCGGCCUGUCCGUGGAACAGGGGACUAUAAAGAACAGCAGUUAGUAAUAUGGCAAGCAGUUGUGUGUCCCUGCUCAGCAGAGUGAUGUCACAGGGUACUGUGCAGAAGGCUGUUAGUUCAGAACACCAACAUCAGCUUUUUAAUAGCAGGCUGUUUCUGAAGUGACAGGUGGUAACCCUUUCAGUCCAGGCCUCUUGCCUCAGUGGUUCUGAAGGUGGGAGGAAAGGAGGCUGGACUUGGUCCCAUGUAGAGGGAAACUAACACUUUCACAACACACCUUCAGUCUUUGGGGUUACUCUUUUAUCUUUUUUUAUAAUUAGGAUAUUCUAGAGCAAUAAAAGAGACUAAGGUUACCUGUUUAUUAUAUACAUUAACUGGUAUGAGUUUUCUAAAAAAAAAUAAUAAAGCACAAUGUCAUUGGAAAAUGUUUGUUUAAAAAAAGAAUUCAUAAUUUACAACUUGGGAAGGCCAAAGACAUGGAAGGGAAAGGUAAAGACAUUUUGAUUUAUGACAUCCACAUUUUGAUUUAUGACAACCCAUAGUGGGUUGUGUGUACAGUAAUACUACGCAGGGUUUUAAGCUUGGAGACAUUUCACAUGGCUUUUAUUUAGUUUCACAUUCAAAAGUUUUAACAUAAAUUGGACUUUUUCACUGUACUUAAAGAUUGUUAAUAAGUAUUUCAGUAUCUUCAUAGCUAGAAUUUAUUUAAACAUAUCCUCAGAUCUGGGAUGAUAACAGAUAAUAAAACUGACAGCAUUGGCUUUGAAUAGUAAUGUCCAUAGUUUUAAGCAAGACUGCUAAGUUGUGUUGUGUUGACUGUAAGUCCGUACGCUCAGUAGUGAUGUUCUGAAGGCUGAUGAUGGCAUCAGAGGAAACGUCACCUUAUCUUGUUUCUGCACUAGUUUCCAGAGAGUGUAGAAAUGGUCUUGCUAAUUUUUGAAUGUUCUUUGGUUGAAUGUGUUUUUCCAUUAAUAACAUUUUUAUAUUUGUUUAAAUUAUACUUCUGUGGGACUGGGGGUUAGAAUAAUCAUUGCUCUGUUUUGAUUUUGUAUUCUUUUAAAUGAAUGUUUAGUUUUCUGAGCCAGAUGGUUAUUUCAUCCUUGUGUCCUGUUCAAUCCAGUGACUACACCGGAACUGUGAAUAAAUUACCCAAAACCUUGCUGUGUGAC